AUGUUUGAUGUGAAGGAAAAUGCUAAUCUUGAAAGUUUAAAUAACUGGACUAUAGAAUCGUGGAAUGAGAUGAGAUAUGAUAAGGAUGUUUAUGUAAAAAGAUACAAAAAUUUCUUGUGUAUGAAGAAUGAAUCGAUGGAGAUGUUGAAAGAAAGGUUUUGGGAAUUAAUCAUCAAGUUAGAAAAACAUAGGAUACAUCAUUCAAAGGAUGAAAGAAUUUUGAAAUUUGUUGAUGCUUUACCUUUGGAAUGGGAUAACUUCGUGAAUGGAUUGAAACGGGAUUCUAGUCUAUCACGUUAUGAUUUAAGAAGUUUCAUCAACACAAUUACAAAUCAUAGUGGUCAUGAAUAUGUAAGAAAAGGGCAAUUAUUGGAUGAAAUAAAAGAGGAAUCAAGAAAGAUAGAUUUGAAUAUUCCAUCUUAUGCCAUGCAAGCCAUCACCAAUACCAUCCAAUUCCAUGGCCGGGACGAUGAGGACGCCCCGGCUCACAUAAACCGUUUCUCCCGCAUGCUAGCUACCUUUAACCUUCACGGUGCACCCAACGAUGCCACUUACCUACAGCUUUUCCCAUUCUCAUUAGCCGGCCGUGCGGCUACUUGGUUGGACUCUCAACCAACCGGUACCUUUACCACAUGGGCGGGGCUUCGUCAAGCCUUUUUGAACAAGUAUUUCCCGCCCGCUGAAGUCGCACGUCUUAGGGACCAAAUCCACUCUUUUCGCAUGGAGCCCGACGAGCCUUACUACCUUGCUUGGGAGCGUUUCCAAAACCUUUGUGCUCGUUGCUCCCAGCAUGGUCUUUCUGAUUGGGCUUUGUGUGAGAAAUUUUAUAACGGUCUCACCCAAGAGACUCGUGAGAGGUUCGACACUAAUGCGGGGGGGCACAUGAUGGGUAUUCUUACAGUGGCUGAGUGUCGAGAGCGUUUUGAGGCAUUUGCUCAGUCUCAAUCCCAAUCACGAUCCGAUCAGAGGUACCAAAGUGGUAAUUCAAAUACCACUACUAGUGCACCCGCCCAAGGGGUGAACCAUGUCACCGUGGACCCUAGUUUAGCCUCUGUUUUGGAAAACAUCACUCGAGAGCUUAAGGAGAUUAGAGCUAAGGUUGAUAAGUGUGAGUUUUGUCGAGGCGGUCACGACACGAGUGCAUGUCCUUUACUAGUUGGUGAGGAGCAAUGUGAUUAUUUAGGAGGAGGUUUUGGUAGAGGUCAGUCUAGUGGUAAUAAUAAUAAUAAUUUUGGGUUGGGUUGGCGAAAUAAUAAUAAUAAUUUUAAUAAUAAUAACAAUUUUCGCUCAAAUGGACCUCCUGGUUUUCAAAUAGCUCAAAAUCCAAAUAGAGGUCUAGGUUCGCUUUUCAGUGGGGGUCUAAAUGGGCAAAUCAAGGAUGGGGGGUCAAAUAAUCAGGUGCAAACGGGUCAAGGCUCAAGUUUCGAUUUGGGGGGUAGCAUGGAAAGAAUGGAGUCCAUGAUGAGUCAACUAAUUGUUAGGGAUCAAAAUACCCAAAAGAAACUUAGUGAACAUGAUCUUAUGCUUAAGAAUCACCAAGCGGCGGUCCAAGACCUUUCUAGGGUUGUAAGUGAUAUGUCUAGGAAGUUAGAUAAAAGGUUACCCGGUCAGUUUGCAGCUAACACCCAACCUAACCCGAAUGCUCAUGUGAAAGCCAUUACCACUCGUAGUGGUAGAACCGUAGGGAACCCGAGCGUAGAAGAGAGAGAGGUUGAUGAGGAUGGAGACAUUAUAGAUGAAGUGAUAGAGAUGGAGGCUCCCGGCAAAGUGCAAAAGAGGCUAAGCCCAGCAAGUACCGCACAGCUCGGUGAAUCUCAAAGUGAGAAGAAAGUUGAGAAAAAGCCCAUAGACGUGAGACCUUCACCCUAUGUGAAUCAUGCGUAUGUUCCGUUUCCCUCGCGUCUUAAGAAUCAAAAAUACUCAAGGGAAUACGGGCAGUUCUUAGAUAUCUUCAAGCAAUUGAAGAUUAAUCUUCCGUUUAUAGAGGCACUCCAGUCCAUGCCAAAAUAUGCAAAAUUUUUGAAGGACCUUCUUAGGAAUAAGGAGAAAUUAGGUGAGUUGUCUAAUGUCCCAUUGCAUGGAGGGUGUUCGGCAGUCGUUUCAAAUAAGUUGCCCGAAAAGCUUACCGAUCCCGGUGUGUUCACUAUUCCUUGUCUAUUCGGUAGUAACACGAACACUAGAGCCUUAGCCGACCUAGGUGCUAGCAUUAAUUUAAUGCCCUUUUCGCUUUACGAGAAGCUAGAUUUAGGCGAGCUUUCACCUACUCGAAUGACAUUGUCCUUAGCUGAUAGGUUCGUGAAACACCCAAGGGGAAUAGUUGAGAAUUUGCUUGUUAAGGUGGAUAAGUUUGUUUUUCCUGCCGAUUUCGUUAUUCUAGACAUGGAUGUGACAACCCGAAUCCAUCAUUCGAUCCUUACUCUUCGAUGUCUUCGUUUAAUACGUUAA